CUGUCUGUGGCAUUAGCCUGAGCGGACUGAGAUUCACACAGAGAGAAGAGACAGCAGGCAGCAGCAGAGUUGAAACAGAAGCACUCACACCAAGGAGUGAAGAGCAGAGGCUGACGAGAGCAGCUUAAGAGCAAUUGUUUCUUUAAGACUGUAAUCUUCAUUGAGCCUGGACUUGGAAGUUUGAGGAGUUGUUUGUCUGGCUUGACGUUGGACAAUCUCUUGUUUUGUUUGCUCCUAAGACUUUUCUUCAACUAGGAGGACAAGUUUGAAACAUCCACAGGCAGUCAGCUGUCCAGUUUUCAUUCAGAUUUAAUUUUGUACCCAUUUGGGCUUCUGUUCUACCGAUGGCUGCUGUGCGUCAGAUGGUCAUGGAGACCUCCAGCUUCCAUGUCCUGCCGGCUCACCUUAUGGCCUCAGCAAUGGAGGAGUUCCCCCAGCAACUGCCUGUCCCAAAGGGUCCAGCGAGGGGCAAGAGUCGCUCCCGCCGAUCACGAGAGGCUCGCUUCAAGACACAGCCUGUCACCUUCGCUGAGAUUGCAGAGGUAGAAGAAGAGGGUUCCUCACCCCUGGAGGAGGAGAGGGCGCGUCGUUCUUUCCUCCAGUCCCUGGAGAACCUGCGGCGGAGCACACAGACCCUCCACUGCCCACCGGCCGCCCAUCACAGCGGCACCCCCACACCCACACAGGUCAGCCUGGACUCCAGUGACUCCGACUCCACCCAAUGAGUGGCCGGACAUACCGAUCUCCUGGCCCCCCAUGGUUCUCUCUUCUCCUUGACGCCGCUUCAAAUGGAGGCCAACUGAACUGAACCAAACUGGCCUGUCUGCCAGCCUGCCUGUGUGUGUGUGUAAGCUGCUGCUGUUCUACAAAAGUCUGCAUAUAAUAUAUACUAACAUAUCGACAUACAGUAUAUAGCAUGAGGAUGCACAUCUGAUGCAUAUCUGUAAAGGUCUCUACCAGUGCCACAGGCUGUUAUCCUGUUGUAUAGAUAUGAUGAGUGUAAAAGUAGCAGAUGACGCAGUGUUGAACACACCACUCUUCAAAUGUAUUCCUUUUCUACUGUAGAUGUGUAUAAGUACACUUGAAUGAUGAGAGAUGGUUGAUAUUUUUCCACUUUAAAUUUGUAUAGGUAUUUUUGUUUCAGUCUGGAUUUUUCUACUUGACCAGUCACCAUAGAAAGGACUGAUGAAACAUAUUAGUUUUGUGACUUAACAAUGUACAUACUUUGACGGAGCAAUGUACUGAGCAUUGAAUGUGACCUGGCCGUCACUGAAGCAGUAGAGUUACAUUACAAAGCUUCGUCAAGAGUUCGAGCUCUUGUUUUCCAGCUUCACCAUUAAUGAAAUCUCUGCUCUCGCUUCAAUUCCUGAGCAAAAAAAAAAGCUUUUCUAAAUGUCCUUAUUUAUUCUCUUAUUUUGGUCAUAACCAGGUGGAGUUGUAGAUGUGUUAUUUUAUUCUUCUUCUAAAGUCACCUUGAUUCUCAAAGAAAAUCAUAACCUUUAUACUGUAUAUUUGUUUUACUUUAUACAUAUAUAUUACAAUGUUUGUUAUAUGUACUUUAAUAAAUAUUUUCAAGUA